CAUUUUUGAUUGUUUGCUUGCUGUCUUAUAGAAAGUUGCCAAAAAUGUAUUCUGGAUAUUUAUCUGUUGUGCUGGUGGAUCUGAUUUCUGGAAGAAGCCUUGGAUUGUGUUUCUGAAGAAUGUAAUCUGAUCUUUGAGUCUGAAACAGAAGCAUGAAGCUGGAGGUACCAGAAACCUUUGAAGAUGUUGCUGUUGACUUUUCAAGGGAAGAGUGGAAAAUUCUAACCACUGAGGAGAAAGAAUUGUAUAAGGAAGUGAUGUCGCAGAACUACGAAUACAUGGUGUCACUUGGAUACAACAUCCCAAAGGAAAAACUGCUGCUGCUCAUUGAAAAACAUAAGAAACUUGUACCUGACUCUGUGGAAGGAGCAGAGCCUCUACCUUAUAUGAAGAUUUGGGGUGACCCCACCAGCAUCUGCAGAGAUACAAGUCCAUGUCAAACACCACGGAGGGAGCAUCCUGGUUGUGACCAUGGUAAGAGCCUCUCAUGUCAUGUUACAAGGCAAAAAUUAAUUCCAACUGGAAGUACUCACAAGAAACACAUGGAAAAUGAUAGGAAUUUUAGCCAGGAAAGUGAACUAGUAAUUCAUACUGGGGAGGAGCAGUGUAAACUGGCUACACAUGAUAACAGUUCUGUGUGGCAGCGUCAUAUCACAUAUGAUGAAGCAACAUAUGCUGCCAGUAAACCAUAUAAGUGUCCAACAUAUACAAGUCUCAGAAAACAAGACAACCUCACAUCCUUUGAGGAAACCCAGAGUGUGGAAAAAACACAUAAAUGUGGUGCAUGUGGCAAACGUUUCCUAUGGAAGAGCUUACUUAAAUACCACGAGAGAGCACACACUGAUGACAGGCCAUAUAAAUGUACAAAGUGUGACUGGAGUUUUAAACAGAAAAAAACACUUGUGAGUCAUGAGACUACUCACACUGAGGAGAAACGAUACAGAUGUGCAGUAUGUGGCAAGAGCUAUACACAGAAGUACAAUCUCCAACGCCAUGAAAAACGUCACAGUGGAGAGAAGCCAUGUAAAUGUGCAACAUGUGACAGGAGUUUUUUAUGGAAGAAAAGUUUCAUGGGUCAAGGAAAAUCUCACACUGGGGCAAAAAAUGACUGUACAGAAUCCUCAAAACUUGGAAACAUUCCUACCAGGGCACUAGACCACGAUAUGAUUGGCAUCCCUAUGAAAGAUGUAAGCAGCUGUCCACAAAAAGAACUGUUAUGCCACACAAGAGGUGUAGAGAAAAUAAAGUGGACUGUUGAGGAAAAGAAAGAGAUUAUGUAUUGUUUUUAUUAUGCAACAAACCGAGAAUUUCCACACAGAGGAUAUAUUACAAGAACAAGAAAGAAGUUGGAGGAAAGAAAAAUAAUUGCACCAGAAAAACUGUUAAAAACUACAGAUAAAAAUGUAAUGGCUUUAAUAGAAAGGAUCAGAGCAAAACAAUACCUAGAUAAAGAAACAUUAGGUGGCCUGGAAAAAGAUGCAAUCCAGGAAGUGGUGCAAGAAAAAGAACAAAAACCAGAGUCUAUUGAAGUUCAUAAAAAAGAAGCAUGGACUUGGGAAAGGAAAAGAGAUCUGAUAUGGUGCCACAUUUACGCAGAAAAGAAAGCUGUGCUAACUAACAUGACUAUUGCAGCCCCAACAAUAUUUGAAGAUGUAUAUAGGCAAAGAAAUCCAGACAUGGUAAAUUUUACAGUUGAAAGAAUAAGAACACAAAAGUGGAAUGUAUUGACCAAGAGCAAGUUUAGUGAUGUGGAAAAGCAUCAGAUAGAGUCUGAAGUUGCAGGUCAGCUGAGGCGUGAAGGUUUUAGUGCGGACAGUCUAAUGCAGACAGUAUCACCGUAUGAGGAGUCGGUAAAUCCUCAGAAAAUGGGACAACAGACCUAG